UCUCUUUCUUCCUGUCCCACUGGAAAGAUGGCGUCCCGCAAGGAAGGUACCGGCUCGGGCACCACGUCUUCUAGCUCCAACACCGGUGCGGCCGGAAAAGGCAAAGGCAAAGGCGGGUCCGGAGAUUCGGCAGUGAAGCAAGUACAGAUAGAUGGCCUGGUGGUGUUGAAGAUAAUCAAGCAUUAUCAAGAGGAAGGACAAGGGACCGAGGUGGUCCAGGGAGUGCUUUUGGGCCUGGUCGUGGAGGACCGGCUGGAGAUUACCAACUGCUUCCCCUUCCCCCAGCACACGGAGGAUGACGCCGAGUUUGACGAGGUUCAAUAUCAGAUGGAAAUGAUGCGGAGCCUUCGCCAUGUCAACAUUGACCAUCUCCACGUGGGCUGGUACCAGUCCACCUACUACGGCUCGUUCAUCACCCGGGCUCUCCUGGACUCGCAGUUCAGUUACCAGCAUGCCAUUGAAGAAUCUGUUGUUCUCAUUUACGAUCCCAUAAAAACCGCCCAAGGGUCUCUGUCACUAAAGGCAUACAGACUGACUCCUAAACUGAUGGAAGUUUGUAAAGAGAAGGAUUUUUCUCCUGAAGCAUUGAAAAAGGGAAGUAUCACCUUUGAGCACAUGUUUGAAGAAGUGCCGAUUGUAAUUAAAAAUUCACAUCUGAUCAACGUCCUAAUGUGGGAGCUUGAGAAGAAGUCAGCUGUAGCAGAUAAACAUGAAUUGCUCAGUCUUGCUAGCAGCAAUCAUUUGGGAAAGACACUGCAAUUGCUGAUGGACAGAGUGGAUGAAAUGAGCCAAGAUAUACUUAAGUACAACACAUACAUGAGGAACAUGAGUAAACAGCAGCAGCAGAAACACCAGUAUCAGCAGCGCCGCCAGCAGGAAAACAUGCAGCGCCAGAGCCGGGGAGAACCCCCGCUUCCCGAGGAGGAUCUGUCCAAGCUCUUCAAACCGCUCCAGGCCCCGGCCAGGAUGGACUCCCUGCUCAUCGCAGGCCAAAUUAAUACUUACUGCCAGAAUAUCAAGGAAUUCACCGCCCAGAACCUAGGCAAACUCUUCAUGGCCCAGGCUCUACAAGAGUACAACAACUAAGACAAGGAAGCUUCCAGAAGACGAGUUAACAUGGACUCUCAGGAUCACCUUGGGGCAAUCUUGGAAGUAAUACAUUUGCAUAUUGAAGUCUUUCUAGCCAAUAAUAAAAUAUAUAUAAUAAAACA